UCCAUCAAAGCUCUGGACAUCAAAACGCCUCCAGGAUCAAGAAUGGGCAGCCUCUGUUUUCACCGGGUUUCAGAUUUGUUUCUACUUUUUCCCUCACCGCCGUAGCCACAAGGCAAAGAAACGUUUAUCAUCCUACGCUGCGGAGGCUGAGGAAUGGAGUGGGGUUUUUUUCUUCUUGCAACUCAGAACCUGCGAGCCGAGCCGAGUUCUCUGCCAGGAGCAGCUCCGACACGCAGGGAGAGCCAGGGAGGACACGCAAGGCUUCUCCAGUGGCUUCUGCAAGCCGGCCGCGGCCCCACCUGCGAGGGGGCGGGGCCUUGCGACCCUGAGCCAAUCAGCACCUGCCUGCGCUCACCUGUCCUCCUCCUCCUCCUCCUGGCUCCCGCGAGUCGCGGCGCUCCUAGGAGCGCUCAGAGCUUAGCAGUGCACGGUCCCGCCGUCUCAGCAGUCUUUUUACCUCCCUUUCAACAACCAUGACUUUCCUCAUUGGGCCUCUCGCGUCCUUCCUCCUCCUCCAGGCACAGGUUUGCUGGCUGCUGGGCGCAGCCUCUCAGCCUUGCCCGGCGGGCGUUGGGGAGGCUGGAGUGACCUUGGAGGCGGGAGGCAGAGAGGUGCUGCCGGGCCAGGCGCUGGAGAAAGUAGCUUUCACCGGCUGCCCUGGGCAAGAGUUGGCCUCGCUUGGGACUGAUAACAACGACUUCACUGUGUUGAGCGGGGGAACAGUCCAGGAAAAGAAAGCUUUGAAGACCUCCCCAUCCAAACGCAUUUUACGAAGACGCAAGAGAGAAUGGGUGGUCCCGCCAAUAUCUGUCCUUGAGAAUGGCAAGGGGCCCUUCCCCAAGAGGCUGCAUCAGCUCAAAUCUGAUAAGGACAAAGGCACCAAGAUUUUCUACAGCAUCACAGGGCCUGGGGCAGACAGCCCCCCAGAGGGCAUCUUUGACAUCGACAAGGAGACAGGCUGGUUGCUGUUGAAUAAGCCACUGGACCGGGAGAAGAUCGCCAAGUAUGAGCUUUUCGGUCAUGCUGUGUCAGAGAACGGUGCCUCCGUGGAGGAGCCCAGGAACAUCUCCAUCAUUGUGACGGACCAGAAUGACCACAAACCCAAGUUCACCCAGGAGGUCUUCCAUGGGAGUGUCCUGGAGGGGGCACGGCCUGGCACCUCUGUGAUGCAGGUGACAGCCACAGAUGAGGAUGAUGCCAUUGACACCAACAAUGGCGUGGUUGCUUACUCCAUCCACAGCCAGGAGCCAAAGGACCCAAACGACCUCAUGUUCACCGUCCACCGGAGCACUGGCAGCAUCAGUGUCAUCUCCAGCGGCCUGGACCGGGAGAAAGUCCCCGAGUACACGCUGACCAUUCAGGCCACAGACAUGGACGGGGAAGGCUCCACCACCACAGCAGUGGCCAUAGUGGAAAUCCUUGAUGCCAAUGACAAUGCUCCUGUGUUUGACACCCAAAAGUAUGAGGCUCGGGUGCCUGAGAAUGGAGUGGGCCAUGAGGUACAGAGACUGACAGUGACCGACGUGGAUGCCCCCAACUCUCCAGCAUGGCGUGCGGUCUACCGCAUUGUGGGAGGGGACAAUGGGGACCAUUUUACCAUCACCACCCACCCUGAGAGCAACCAAGGCAUCCUGACAACCAGGAAGGGCUUGGAUUUUGAGGCCCAAAACCAACACACACUUUAUGUAGAAGUGACAAAUGAGGCUCCCUUUGUGGUGAAGCUCCCAACCUCCACAGCCACUGUCGUGAUCCAUGUGGAGGAUGUGAAUGAGGCCCCUGUAUUUGUCCCACCCUCCAAAGUCAUUGAGGCCCAGGAGGGUAUCUCCGUUGGGGAGGCUGUCUGCAUCUACACUGCACAGGAUCCCGACAAACAGGAUCAGAAGAUCAGCUACCACAUCCUGAGAGACCCAGCUGGGUGGCUAGCAAUGGACCCAGACAGUGGGCAAGUCACUGCUGCAGGCCUCCUAGACCGCGAGGAUGAGCGAUUUGUGAGGAACAACAUCUACGAAGUCAUGGUCUUGGCCACUGAUAAUGGGAACCCUCCCGCCACUGGCACAGGAACCCUCCUGCUAACACUUACUGACAUCAACGACCACGGCCCGGUCCCUGAGCCCCAUCAGAUCAUCAUCUGCAACGAAAACCCAGUGCCCCAAGUGUUGAACAUCACAGACAAGGACCUGUCCCCCAACUCCUACCCUUUCCAGGCCCAGCUCAAAUUCGACUCAGACAUCUACUGGAUGGCAGAGGUUAAUGAAAAAGGAGACACAGUGGCCUUGUCCCUGAAGAAAUUCCUGAAGCAAGACGCAUAUGAUGUACACCUUUCUCUGUCUGACCAUGGCAACAAUGAACAGCUGACCGUGAUCAGAGCCAUCGUGUGUGACUGCCACGGCCAUGUGGAGUCCUGCUCCAAGCCCUGGAAGGGUGGGCUCAUCUUCCCCGUCCUGGGGGCUGUCCUGGGUCUGCUGCUCCUCCUGUUGGUGCUCCUCUUGUUGGUGAGAAAGAAGCAGAAGGUCAAAGAGCCUCUUCUGCUCCCAGAAGAUGACACCCGUGACAAUGUCUUCUAUUAUGGUGAAGAGGGUGGUGGCGAAGAGGACCAGGACUAUGACAUUACCCAACUCCACCGGGGCUUAGAGGCCAGGCCUGAGGUGGUUCUCCGCAAUGAUGUGGCACCAACCUUCAUCCCCACACCCAUGUACCGUCCCCGGCCAGCCAACCCAGAUGAAAUCGGCAACUUCAUCAUCGAGAACCUGAAGGCGGCCAACACGGACCCCACAGCCCCACCCUACGACUCGCUGUUGGUGUUCGACUACGAAGGCAGUGGCUCUGAUGCUGCCUCCCUAAGCUCCCUCACAUCCUCGGCCUCGGACCAGGACCAGGACUAUGACUAUCUGAACGAGUGGGGCAGUCGCUUCAAGAAGCUGGCAGACAUGUAUGGGGGUGGGGAGGACGACUAGGAGGCCCUGCCAGAGCGCUGGCACUAAACACCUCCAAGGGGGCUCUGUCCCCUUCCAGCCGGGGACUUCAGAGCCUGUCAGGAAGUGGCCGGAGCAACUUAGAGAGGGUGGAGCUGCACGUCUGACCUGAGCGGGUUGGGUUCUGAGCCUUUCAGAAGGGAAAGGCUGGGGCAGUGUGACCUCAUCGGGCACUGACCGCCCCUCAGCCUGGGUCUGGCUGCCUCGGAGCUCAGCUCCCAGAAGUGUCCCACCUGUCACCAGGCACUCAGCCCAUAUCCUGGGCCUGGACGGCUCCUAUGCCCAUGCUGACUUUACCUCUGGAAUGGAUCUUCUCUGUAAAAGAGGCCUCUUACUACAACCUGUUUCUGUUUGGUUUAAAAUGCUGUUUUCAGAAAGUUAGAGGCAGGUCCUCUGUGUCCCCUCUGCCCCUCUGGGAGCACAGCCUGCAAGGCUCACUGCCCUCAUAGGAUUCUCAGAUCUCCGGGCCCUGAGCCUCCCAUUUGGGUGAAUCCAUCCAUUUUUAUACCAUGAGUUUCUAGGUUGUCCCAUAUUUUUUAUUUUCUCUAUUGCGUGCUGUAGAUGAAGGGUGAUGACAAUCGUGUAAAUGUACUAGAACUUUUUUUAUUAAAGGAACUUUUCCCAGA